AUGAUGACUUUUGCCAUGCUGCGGCCGAUGGCGACGCACUUAAUCUACUCGGAUUUCACGGUCACAUCCGAGGACGACGAGAACCGCAGCGAGAGCGACGGCAGCUCGGAGCAGAGCUACUGCGGCUCCUCCGAGAAGCGGAGGCGGAUCUCGCGGGGCUCGGACGGGGACACGGCCGUGGUCAUGAAGCAGAGGAGCGCGGCGAACGCCCGGGAGCGAGGCCGGACCCAGAGCGUCAACACCGCCUUCACGGCCCUGCGGACGCUCAUACCCACCGAGCCGGUGGACAGAAAGCUCUCCAAGAUCGAGACCCUGCGCCUGGCGUCCAGCUACAUCUCCCAUCUGGCCAACGUGCUGCUGACCGGGGACGGCAGCGCCGACGGUCAGCCGUGCCUCCACGCGCAAGAGGAGAGCGGGGGCAAGCAGCCGAGGACCAUCUGCACCUUCUGCCUGAGCAACCAGAGGAGAGGGAUUAAAGAUGGAAAAGACUGUUUGAAAAUGCGAGGACUGGGUCCGCUGCGGAUGAGACGUUGACUGGGGACCAGCGAAUGAUCAACAACCUGAAAAUCCUCAAAAGACUUUCUCAGGGAAGAGUCCAAGCUGGUUUUGCAGAGCGCGCACACGUACACGUACAUGUACACAUGCUGGAUCAAAUGAUGGAGCCAAAGAAGAGACUAUUUAUACUUGACUGAGAAAUCUAGGCAUAAGCCUUUCAAAGAUGCAGUGCAUUUGUUUGAAACUUAUGAUUUUUUUGUAUUCCUUUUCUAUUUGUCAAAAAGUUUAAA